AUGGUUGAAACAAGAAGGGGUAAGAGGAAAGAUACUCUGACGAAAGAAACAGAGAUAAAGGAAAAACAGGGAAAAAGAAAGAAGAUAAAAAAAGAGACAACGGAAGAACGAUCGAGUGAUAAAGAGCCGAUAGAUGUCCUUGUAAACGCUGCGGUGGCUGCUGAUGAAGUGGCUGAGCAGAGAACAAAUGAUGUUUCUCCACCGAGAGCUUUAGAUAGUCAGCAGUCAGAGGAGGAGGAAGAAGGAGCGGAGAAAGAUAAAGAAGAAGGAGCGGAGAAAGAUAAAGAAGAAGAAGAAACGAAAAAACAAAAAGAAGGAUGA